UACUCAGAAAAUGGAUAAAAUUUCCAAAAACUUCAAGACAGCAGCAAGAACUGAAAACUGAUUUUAUGCGACUGGCUGGUUUUCCUGGUGUAAUUGGGGCAAUAGACUGCACUCAUGUGAAAAUAGUGGCACCUCCACGUAAUGACAGCACUUGUCCUGAGCACAUUUUUGUUAAUAGGCAUUACAGUCAUUCUAUAAACGUGCAAAUGAUAUGUGAUGCAAACCAAAAAAUUAUCAGUUGCAAUGCUAAGUUUCCUGGAUCAACACAUGAUGCUUUCAUAUGGAGGACAUCAGCUGUCAGAAGAAUAAUGCAAGAAAUAUCAUCGGCUGAAAAUACUACUUGGCUGUUAGGAGAUAGUGGUUAUCCUCUUGAGGAAGGUUUAUUAACUCCACGACUGGAUUCAUUAGAAAAUUCUCCUGAUCAAAGAUAUAAUGUUGCUUUGUGCAAAACAAGGAAUGUGAUAGAGAGAUGCUUUGGAGUCUUAAAAUCAAGAUUUAGGUAAUAAAGAGUAUUAAAUAAUUUAAAAUACUUUUUAGUGUACAGUAUUAUAUAAUGUUAAGUCAGAAUAUAUUAAAUAGUUAUUCCAAUAUUUUUUUUUUUUUUUUUUUUUUCAAGUGUCUGCUAGGAGAAAAAGUUUUGCAUUACAGACCACAAGUAGCAGGAAAAAUAAUAAACGCCUGUGUAGUCCUACAUAACAUGUGCAAAGCUCAUGGGCUGCCAGAUUCAGCACUUGUGGAAAGUGAAGAAAUUCCUUCAGAAAUUGAAAGAGGCACUUCACAUGCAAGAGCACUCUAAAUACAAUGUGAUUUAAUAACCAACUAUUUUAGUACGUUGUUUAAGCUCCUAACUAACUGAAAACUUAUCUGAAAACUCUAAUUAAUUUAAGUACUAAUUUCUUAAUAUGUUUCUCACCUCAAUUGGUAAUAAAUAAAACAAUCUAUAAACUAAAAUAAAAUCUAUAAAGCAAUAGCAUAUAAUUAAAAGCUAAUAAAAGCGAAAAUUUGAGAUAAUUUAACUCUAUUUUAUCCCCUGUAUUUUUAAAAUAAUUUUUCAGUAUAAUUUAUAAUAAGUUAUUUCUAUUUACAGGUUGAAAUAAGGAGAGCUACAGCUCUAGCAGAAACAUAUGGAUUAUUCAAAAAUUAUGUCACACUGUUAUAUAUAAUAAUUAACAUAUAUUUUUUCAAACUGAAUUUUUUUAUUUGUUAUGAUAAUUUCUAUCAAGUGCUGCAAACAUUAAUUGGCAAGAAUUAUUAAUUGUUUUGGUUAAUUCUGCUACUGCAGAUUUCAUAUCAUUUGCAGAGUUCUUCAUAGAACAUGACAGCUCACUGAUUGCUGCUGUCAUGUUUACAAUAUUUUGAUUUAACUCAUCAAUUUUCUCCUCCAUUGAUGACUGUGCUGCAGCUAUCUUGUCUAAUGCAGCCUCUGCUGCAUGUUUUAAUUUUUUUCGUGGAGGCUCCAUGAAACUGUUGGUGCUCUGGAAAGUCUCUGCAGCGGUAUGCUAAAUUGAGUUUGGCAGCAAAA